CCCUUCACACCCACGUCUCUCUCUCUCUCUCUCUCUCUCUCUCGGGUUUCAGCGCCCUUCCCUUUGAAUCGUUUUUGUCUCCAUCCGCCUGCACUCUCUUUUUCACAGAGAGAGAGAGAGGGGAAAAAGAGAGGGGAGAUUCAUCGCUCAGGUUGUAGACCGUGGACCAGUGUCGCUCUUGAUAGAUAGAUCUUUGGAUGUCUUCUCUUUGAUGAGGUUCUCUCCCGACGAGAGAUUGGGCAAAUGACAUGUCGUCGUCGAACUCUCCGUGCGCCGCGUGCAAGUGCCUCCGCAGGAAGUGCACCCAGGAGUGCGUCUUCGCCCCCUACUUCCCCGCCGACCAGCCGCAGAAGUUCGCCUACGUCCACAAGGUGUUUGGUGCGAGCAACGUGACCAAGCUCCUCAACGAGCUGAACGUCUCGCAGCGCGAGGACGCCGUCAACUCCCUCGCCUACGAGGCCGAGACCCGCCUGCGGGACCCAGUCUACGGCUGCGUCGGCUACAUCACUAUACUCCAGCACAAGCUCGACCUGCUCCAGAAGGAGCUCGCCUCCGCCAAGAAGGAGCUCGCCGCCUACAUGGGGCCCCACGCGAUGGUCCCCACAAUGAUGCAACCCCCCGGAGCUCCAGCGUACAUGGGGAAUCCUUCGAUGUCCACGGUGGUGCCCUACAACAUGAUGCCGAUGAUGGGCAUUCCGACUGGCGCCAGCGGCGGCGGGCCACCGCUAGUCAUCAGGGACCACCAGAGCCAGCAGCAGCAGCAGCAGCAGGCAUUCGACGCACAGCAACUCGCAGCCGCCGUGGCAGCAAGGGAGCGGCAAGAGAUGAUUAGGGCUUACGAGCAGCAGCAAAUUAGACAGCAGCAACAGCAACAACUAGAAAUCAAGUUCGACGCAGGCGGCUUCGAUGGCGUGGCAAACUCGGUGUCUCCGUCCAGGUACAACCCUGCGAGCAAUGUAAUCCCUCCGCCACCAGCUUCCCCGUCGCUGGCGUUGGGGAGCUUCGACAAUCCGUACCAGAUGCAGGCACACCAGCUGUCGCUGCAGCCACAACAGGGACAAGUGCAAGAUCAGCAAGAGCUUGCUCAAGAGCAGAAGCCUGGAAGCGAGGAGCGAGGCAACAACAACAACAACGGUGGUCCUUCCUGUUGAUGAACAAUUUCCUUUUUUUGGCUAAGUUCUUGUUUCUUCCCAUGCUGAGUUUCUUGAGGCGGUUUUUAUGGUUCUAGUUCAUAGAUGAGGAGAGAAACAGGCGGAACAUAUAAAGAUGCAGAGAAUGUGGUUUGUUGUUCCCCAGUGGAUAUAUCCUGGGUUCUGAAGCCUUUUUUUCUUCCUGGGAGAUACACAAAAAGUGGCUUAGAGAGAGAUACAGAACAAUUUCUAGGAGCAAAUAAUUUUUUUGAAGUACAAUUUCAUCCUUUAGUGUAAUGAUGUUCGUGAUUCUGUCUUACAUUGAAAGAAAUUUGUAAAUUUGUAUCCAGGAAAAUUCUAGUCCUUUACUCAUUUAUUUUUUUUGUUCAUUCUCUAUCGAGUCUAAGUCGAUUGUCUUGAGCUAGAUGUGGCGUUUAAC